UGUAGGAGAGCUUUUUAUUUUUCUUUUUUCUUCUUUUCCUGAAAAAAGCUUUCACUGCUUUCCACUCCACUGCAUAGAGAAAAGUAAAGUUAUUUUUCUUUCUUUUCACUCUCUUUUUCGCUAAUUGCACUCCAAGAUGAACACACAGUAGGCUAAGCUAGGGCAAUCUCUCCCUCUCUCUCUCUCUCUCUCUCUCUCUCUCUCACUCUCUCACACACAUUUUCAAGCAGCCAUUUCUCUUCUCUCUUGGUAAGAAGGAAGACAUGGGAGAAGGAAAGGGCUCAACUUUGGUGCACCUUCUUGUUGUGGUUCUGAGCUUGGUGGCAUUUGGGUUCGCCAUUGCCGCUGAGAGACGAAGGAGUGUUGGCCAUACAGUUUCUGACGAUCUAGUAAAUCGGACUUACUGUGUUUAUAACUCAGAUGUCGCAACUGGUUAUGGAGUAGGUGGUUUCUUGUUUCUUCUUUCAAGCGAGUCCCUACUUAUGGGUGUGACAAAAUGCAUGUGUUUUGGAAGACCCUUAGCUCCUGGUGGAAAUCGAGCUUGGUCCAUCAUCUAUUUUGUCUCAUCAUGGUUGACCUUCCUGGUUGCGGAAGCAUGUUUGAUUGCUGGUGCAACAAAGAAUGCUUAUCACACCAAGUAUCGAGAUAUGAUUUAUGCACAGAACUUCUCCUGUGAAUCAUUGCGGAAAGGUGUUUUCGUUGCCGGAGCAGUAUUCGUGGUUGCAACGAUGAUUCUCAACGUGUAUUACUACAUGUACUUUACCAAGGCUACUACUUCUCAGGCAUCUCACAAGGCAAACCGUUCAAACUCAAGUGUUGGGAUGACUGGUUAUGCAUAGGAUAAACUAUUAAGAUAGACAGCUUAGAAGUCUUGCAUGUUGAUUAUAUAUGGGGUUUGAAUUGUCUCUGCGCUGUAUUACUCAACUGUACUAAUAUAUAUUUCGUUCGUCUAAUGACAUGGCUGGCUAAAGAGCAAGGCCUCCUGAGGCCUUUGCCUACUGCCCAGUAAACAAUGGCCCAAUACAAAAAAAAAAAAAAAAAAAUAUCAUGUUUUUAUAUA